AUGAGCACCAUGUCUCCCCGUCCUUCUGCUAUGUCUGUGGGCUCUUCGUCGUCUCCUACUCCAUUUCUCAAAGCUGUACUAUCCUCCCCAGACGUGACUUUACGAGGCCAUAAAUCCAAAGUCAAUGGACAACAAUGGCCGCCAUCCCGUUCAGUGUCUCUUUCCGCUCAAUUGGACGCCUUCGUCAAUCAAAAUGAGGUUUCUGGUCCCCUAAAUCCAGAUGAGUUGUUUGCAAAGUACAGUGUGGCUGAGAUGAAAGCGGUUCAGCAACGUUUAAGAGCGGACGCAGAUGCCAAACAGGAGGAACUUCGCCUCAUGGUUGGCGUAGGGAACGGUACCGUGAUCUACUCUUUCGGUGAAAUGCGGAGCACGAUUGGAUAUGCAGAGCUUCCACGAACACCCAAACGUGCAGUGUCUGGAGAAGAAGACAAGUACCUGCAGGCUCUGCAAUCUUUGUCUGCUCAUCUGAAGCUAUUGCUGGAUGCACCAGAACAUCUGUGGCGUCUAAUGGAACGCCGAAUGUACCUCCAUGCGACUUGGCUGUUUCUUUUGGCGCGCGUAGUGCAUCGAGCACUCCUACGAGAGGACGAUGACGAUGACCAGAGCUGGCAUGCAUAUGGUGUAGACGUUCCUGGUCAAUUUCCCAUAGUACAACGCCAAUGGGAUACAGUCUCGCAGUUCCGCUCUCAGAUUACACACAAGGCAACAUUGUCUCUUCGCGAGCAUAUGGGAUCGCCAGCGGAAGUUUGCGCCACUCUUCUUACCCUUCACCUGCUUGAGUCUCGGCCACUAGCUGAGACAUUAUCCAUAUUUCUUUCUCAGAGGUUCAAAACACUUUUCACAAUGUUGUCUCAUGGUCCCGAGCAAGUUGGAAAUGGACUUGCUCGGGAUGCCAAGACAAAUACCAAAGGGUUUGCUCGAUCCCGCAAAAUUAUCGUCCGGGACGUGAAGCACAGAUUGGAAACGGUCUUCGUUGUCGUCGUACGGACACUGGAUAUUGCACGCAUUAUUUUCUCGGACAACACUGCUCCUCACGAAGCGUCAAUGAUGAAGCGUGCCCUCCUGUCUAUUCAAGCAGAAGAUACCCCUUCAAGCAGUCUUCCUGUCGAGCUUCAAUUGACGACGCAUAGCCUGCUUACUUCCCUCCCAUCAUCUACUCACUUCCUCUUACUUCCUUCCAGUAUCCGUUCGUACAAGCCGUACGUCGAUAGCGCCUCGUUGUUGUCGUCUAUGCCUCAGUCGCAAUUGCAACACAAGCUUGAAGACUGGUUUCACAAAGCGGCGGACAACGUUCGAAUAGCCAUGGAAAAAUGGUUCUCAUGUCUUGAGAGCAUUCGAGAGGUCUGGGACACCCGGACCUUUGCAUACGGUUACAUGGACGCAGCUACAGGGUUGGAAGUAGAUGAGAAGACUCACUUAAAGUCCGUCGUCGAUGAGAUCUCUCAGCGGCGAGUCGUAGACGUGUGGAAAUCAUCGCUCUCUCUUGCAGAGAUUGCAUUCCGAGAUAACCUAUCAUGCGCAAUCGCCACGUUAAAGAGACCCUCGCCAGAUAGCAGUUUAGACACUCGGCCUGUCGAAUAUCUCUUCAAAGCUCCGCCUUCAGUCUUAUUCUCCCAGAGCGGACUCAACCCUUCACUCGCUACGGCAUCAUUCCAGAAGUACAAACACUCUCUGCAGCGGCAACUCGCCGGUCGAACGCCGCUGCUGGAUACUGUUCUGACUUCAGCGGAACGUGAUACGCAUAGCCUCCAAUUGGACUUAGAAGUAAUAGGAGGCUUUAGCGAGAACUCCCCCAUGGCUACUCGAUUAGCUGAGGAUUAUCGCCCCGACGCGGAAGCACUGUGCAUGAGGGUGGCCGAUACACUAGAACAGACUGCGGAUGAUAUCUUAGACGAUACGGAGCCUUCUCUGCGGACUCUCAUUUUCAUCGGACGGUUAGCGGAUGACUUCGCAUCGUUCUCGGCAUUCGUCACCAAUAUAGGCUGCGAGCGAGCUACAAUAGACGAGUUCCAGCAGAAAAUGAGCUUACUGUAUGAUCGUAUCAUCGAGAAAUGGCGGGAGCACACAAUCCGCAAGAUUAUCAAGGACAGUUUACCAAUUCAGGCUCCUCACAGAUGGAGCGCUACCGCAAAUACUUCCAGUCCCAUACGACCAUCAUCUGGACUGAUGCAAAGUUUACUUUUAUUAUCUACCUCAACUCAGCAGCUGGGUAUGUCAAUACACUCUGCACGACAGCAACCUCUUGUCGAAGUCACCCUUCGUCGUUACAUCAACCGGUUGCACGAUCACAUCGGAUGCAACGAGUCCACUGUUCUUCGGGAGAAUAUGCAAGAUCUCUGGGAUCUGGCCUUCUUACGAAGAGUCGCAUGCAUGUGGGGCGAUGGGGAGUGGUUGAAGGUUGUGCAACAGCUGGAUACACGAAUGGUGCAACUACGAAGCAAGCUUAUCGAGCAAGGUGCAUCAGAGACACAACUCGAGUUCGACGGUGCUCUGUCAGAAUACCUGUCUCGGACACAGACACUUAUCCACCCCUUCCUCCCCCCAUCACCUUCACCCAGUGUGAAGAGCAAGUCGACAAGCCUUCUUCGCCAUGGGCAGCCUGCUGUGGAACAACAUGUUCAGCCGGUGUUGGAGCUCGUGAAACCUUCACCGCGAUUUGGUUUGCUCCUUGUUGGCGGCGGCACAGUUCAGUGA